UCUCUUCCACUAUUCCAAUGAUUCAACUUUUAAUAUUCUAUCAUAUCUCCAACUUCUGGUCCAAGGAUUCGUCUCUAAUGCACCCUUUGACAAGAAAUACAUUUGACUUACCUUAAAACACUGCAUAAUUAAAUCUAUAAAGCAUAUCAAACCCAUCAAGAGAAAUUUGAGGAGCAAUUCAGAGCCAAUGGAAAAUCAGAAAAGUGAUGAUGUUGUGUUAUAUGGGAAUUGGGCUAGUGCCUUCACUGACAGAGUUGAGUUAGCCCUUAAACUCAAGGGCAUACCUUAUAAGUACGUGGAAGAAGAUCUAACAAACAAGAGUAACUCGCUAAUUCACCACAAUCUUGUGCACAAGAAGGUACCCGUAUUGGUUCACAAUGGGAAGGCCAUUGCUGAGUCAUUAGUCAUCCUCGAAUAUAUUGAUGAUUUCUGGACUACCGCUCCGAAAUUACUGCCUGAGGAUCCUUAUGAGAGAGCCAAAAUUCGCUUUUGGGCAAAUUAUUAUGAUCAAAAGAUUAUACCAAGUACAUACCCCGUUGCAAAUUCGCAAGGAAAAGAGCGAGAGAAAGCCAUGGCGAAGUUGGGAGAGUUUGUUGAAGUGUUUGAGAGAGGGAUAGAAAAGGACUUCCCUACAAAAUCCCCCUUCUUCAAUGGUGAGACCUUGGGGUUUCUUGAUAUUAUUGUGGCUGCAAAUUCUUGCACUUACCGAUCUUUUGAAGAGGCUCUUGGUGUCAGUUAUGGCCUAGACAAGCACCAAGCAUUUUUCUCAUGGGUAACUGCUUUAGAGGGCUGCACUUUGAUCAAAGAGACACUGCCUCCUUGUGAAAAACUUGUGACCUUAAUCAGACAAAUGUUUCUUCAGGAGCCUAAAAUUAAACUAUGUUGAAUAAAUAGCUAUGGUCGGCAUAGCUUUUGUCCUAUCAUUUCUUGCCAUUUUAAAGUUUUAUUUUCUGUACUUUGCCAUUUAGUUACACUUUUUUCGUUGUUCAGUGUUCAUUCCUUCGUUUCAAGUGUUUUUGAGUCAGCAAAAUAGAAAAGAAGGCCGUUGUAGUUUUCAUGCUACAUUUUACCAAAUUAUUCUCAAAUAUUAGUUUGAAUGCACUUUUGGAAGGUGUCAAAAUAAUUUUAGAAAGUUACUUUGAAGGUU